AAAAUUCCUAAAUUUGAAAAACAUAAAAGACAAGAAAAAAUAUUCUUUCCCCAAAAUUUUCUCUGGUUUGUAUUGAGGAAGAAGAUUAACGAAGAAUAGUUUCUUCUUCUUCUCUCUCUCUCUCUCUCUCUCUUUCUCUCUUUUUGGCUUCCUUGUCUUCCUCCGGUAUUUUCUCUAUCUCUAUACGGCGGGAAUGUCACCACCUCCGUGGAGCCACCGCCUCUUUGUGGCUUCGGCGACAGCUGUCCUCUUCCUGAUCGGCCGGUCAUCUGUACGAGCUGAUAAUGUCUCUCUGAAAGACACCACCGCUCCGAAAUUCUCCGGCUGCAGUAAUGAAUUCCACAUGGUCAAGGUCAAGAACUGGGUUGAUGGGGUAAAUGGCGAAUUUUUCUCUGGCAUGACUGCUCAGUUUGGCGGACAGCUGCCUUCUGAUGAAGAUGAAGCUGUUAGGCUGCAGGCUGUUUUAACAAGUCCUAUAAAUUGCUGCUCCGCUUUAGCCUCCAAGGUAUCUGGUUCUAUUGCCUUAUGUUUGCGUGGUGAUUGUCCUUUCACGACUAAGGCAGAAGUUGCACAGUCAGGAGGGGCUGCGGCUAUGGUGUUAAUCAACGACAAAGAAGGUCUAGAGGAGAUGAUUUGUACGCAAAAUGAUACCUCCUUAAAUGUUUCUAUUCCUGUUUUGAUGAUUGCAAAGUCAAAUGGAGAAGCCCUUCAAAUUUCCAUUGAGCAAAAAAAGAAAGUGGAACUUUUGCUGUAUGCUCCAAAACGCCCAAUUGUAGAUUAUGCAGUGGCAUUCCUGUGGAUGAUGUCUGUUGGAACAGUUUUCUUCGCCGCUGUUUGGCCACAAAUCGCCAAUAGUGAGCAAAACAAUGAUCGGUACAAUGGAUUAUCACCAAAGGGAUCUACAAAUGCUGAAGCUACCAAAGAUGAUGGUGACGAGGAUACUCUUGAUAUCAGUGCAAAGGGUGCUAUUAUGUUUGUGAUAUCAGCAUCAACUUUCCUGGUUUUGCUCUUCUUCUUCAUGUCGUCAUGGUUUAUAGUGCUGCUGACAAUAUUUUUCUGCAUUGGUGGUGUACAGGGAAUGUAUAAUAUUAUCACGGCACUCAUAACAAGGAAAUGCAGAAAUUGUGGCCAGAAAACCAUGAAACUCCCUCUAGUUGGGGAUGUUUCAUUUUUCUCAGUUGCAGUCCUAUUGUUCUGCCUUUUAUUUGCUAUCAUCUGGUUUCUGAAGCGACGAGCAUCAUAUGCAUGGGUUGGCCAAGAUAUUCUUGGUAUUUGCAUGAUGAUAUCAGUCUUGCAAGUAGCUCGAUUACCUAAUAUCAGGGUUGCUACCGUCCUUCUUUGCUGUGCAUUCGUCUAUGACAUCUUCUGGGUCUUCCUAUCACCGCUAAUCUUUCAUCAAAGUGUUAUGAUUGCGGUUGCACAUGGGAGCGCCAGUACUGGAGAAUCUAUUCCCAUGCUUUUGAGAAUUCCUCGACUUUUUGACCCCUGGGGUGGUUACAACAUGAUUGGUUUCGGAGACAUUCUUUUCCCGGGUUUGCUUAUAUGUUUUACUUUCAGAUAUGACAAGGAGAAUAACAAGGGCAUUUUAAAGGGAUAUUUCCCUUGGCUGAUGUUUGGCUACGGACUUGGUCUUUUCUUGACAUACCUGGGGUUGUAUAUUAUGAACGGGCAUGGUCAACCUGCAUUACUCUACCUUGUUCCUUGUACUCUAGGAGUUGCGGUGAUACUGGGACUGUUGAGGAGAGAACUGAGCGACCUCUGGAACUAUGGAACACAAUCGCCUUCAGCUGUGAAUCCAACCCCAUAUGCAUGAAAAGCUUCUACAACACUAUUUUAAAAAGCAUACAUUUUUAUGCAAGGGAUUAUUACUCCAUGUGCAUAUUCAUGUAGCCGAAACCCAAGCCUUUUCACAGUAUGUAUAUUCAACAUCUUCUGAACCUAAAUCCUAAAUCCAAGAGGCAUUUAUUAUUGGUAUAAUUGUGUUUGCUUCUGCACUGCACUCCACAGUAUUGCCAAUGAUAAGUGGUUUGGGAUUUGCUGUUCA